UAUUUUAUUAAACUUUUGCCGCAGUGUAAUGUUACGUUCUGUUUUUACUUUCAGGCUCAAAAGGCAGACAAGAGGAAGAGCGGAUGGGGAAUGAAGUGGAGCAGCUUGCUCAGUUACGAAAUCCACAUGGUAAUGAAGUUGCCUUUAUGGAGACAGAGCAUUCCCAUACUAAAGACAUUAACGGUCAUCAACAGGCUAGUAAGACAAAAGAAAGCGUGGCUCUCGAGAAUAACCGACUCUUGACCCAUUGGAAACAAACCGAGGAGAUGAAUAAGGAACCCAGUGAAAGAAAACCUCACAUUUCGACUAAAACUGAAGUGGACAUUCCCUCAUUAGCGAUCCACAGAACAAACGUGCAGAGUAAUGACGAUUCUGACAUGGACAGAGUAAAUAGUGAACAGAAGAAGGACACUUUGGGAUGGAAAGAACCUGAAACUAGAGAGAAAACAGAGGACUUUGACACCAAGUAUUCUGGUCUUCAAUAUUCUCCUGCAGAUUUAGCCGACUAUAUUAUGAGAACUGACGAUGAGAAAGGAGUAGCCAUGGCAAUUGAUGAAUUACUAACAGAAGGAUUGAUGACGAGAGAGCAAGCAAUUUCAUACCUUCAAGACGUGAAGACAGAAUUAACUUAUAUGAGAAAACAGUACGAACAAGCACGCCACCUGGAAGAGAUAUCUGAAGAAGUUAAAACGAAAAAAGGACAAGAAGAAACUGUUCAAUACAGUAAACCUAAACAACAAGGUUUAUCCACGCAAGGAGAUAAACUUCCAAAUACCCUCGUUCACAACAAGUCCCCAACAGCGACACCUACAGAAGAAUCGAAAAUUACUGUCCCUACAGCUGCCAUGAGAACUAAAUCUAACUCAGAACCUCUCGGUGUUUACCAAACUUCGGUUCUCAGGUCCCCCUCAGAGAGACAGAAGAUUGCUAUUAAUGAACCUGUGGAACAACAGCCAGAAGUAGACAUGGCAAUGAUUAUUAACAAGCUUCGCGCCGCUGGAUCCCUCUAUGAAGAGUAUACUCUCAAAGAAAUAAUCUACCAAUUAGCUAAGGACAUGUUCGAGCAAAGUAUUCUCAGAGGUAACCCGUCAGCAGAAGAUGCUCUCUCCAGGUUCAGCAGUUUUCUUGAGACUCAGGUAGCAACCAACAAGAUAUCCAGAGAGAUGGAGCAGACCAUCCUUGAUAUUAUGUCAACUGCUCUGAUCGACAGUUUGCGGGAAUAUCCAGAUUUCAUGCGGAUGAACAAGAAAUCUCCUUAUGCUAAUUCUAAUUAUAACCAACAGAUGGAGACAAAACAUACUGAGAAUUUGCAAAACUCAAUUGAAAAAACUAAAAACCUUUCUUCAUUUACAGGAAAAUCAGGAUUAGGUAAAGCAGCAACCGUAACCAAUGGCCAAACCAUAAAAAGAGCUGUUGCCCAUCAGUAGGAUGGGCCAAUGGAACUGAGAGACAGUAAGAAAAAGAAGAAAACAUUAAAAUACAUACUCAAACGUGUUUGAUAGGUUUGUUUACGUAUUUCCACACUAAAUGUAAACUGAAUGACACGAGUAAUUCGUAACUAAUCUACAUGUUUAAGCACUGCACUACAUUUCCACCUCAGACAUGUUCCACGUGAUGUCUUUACCUAUAAUUCAUUUAAGACACACACACACAUAUAUAUAUAUCCGCCGCUUUGCUCAUUUGUACAACAGUAUUAGAUAUAUUUUGUUAGAUUUCAAAACCUUAAUUGACACUAAUUAUAAUACGAUACUAUUAGCUUCUCCUAAAUAUUGAAGCUGUUUUCCUGUACGUGAAAUUCGUCAACAGGUUUUGCGUGUGUACGAAAAAUAAAAGCUUAUUGUAUUAGAGGAAAAAAAAUAAAGAAUUUUAAUUUAUUC